AUGGAUCAGAACGCCGUCUAUCAACUCUUUGUCGCCACUUACCAUCCCGACCCCAAUGUGCAUAAACAGGCUGAGUUGAACAUUCGAGGUGUGGAGACCCACAAUGGCUUCCUUCCUAUUGUGUUGCAGAUUCUCGCUUCUGAAGAACUGGAAUUAGGCGCUCGUCAAGCCGCGGCCAUUUAUUUUAAAAAUCGGAUCAAUAAGGCGUGGGAUGAGAAAAAAGAUUUAAGCAAUCCAAUCAACGACGAAGACCGACGUACCGUGAAGCAGUCCAUUCUUCAAGCCUUGGUCACCGCCCCCGCAGCCGUGCAGGUUCAACUCACGUCAUCCCUAAACACGAUUCUGGAACAUGAUUUCCCUGAUCAGUGGGGAACAUUUGUGCAAGAAUUGGAUCAGUUUUUGACCUCAUCUGAUAUCCGACUGGCCUACGUAGGAUUGCUGGCUUUGAGAGAAGUCGUGAAAGUGUAUCAAUGGACCUCCAUGGAACGACGCGAACCUCUACAACAGAUUGUUAAAUUGACUUUUAACUCUGUUCAGGCCAUCUGUUCGCGUUUGAUCUCGUCAGAUACUCAGGAAGCCGCGGAAAUAUUAAAGUUGGCGUUGAAGAUUUACCAUUCCAGUAUCCAAGUGGAUAUGCCCAAAUGUCUACAGGAUCCAUCGUCUCUCGUCCCUUGGGGCACUUUGUUCCUGCAACUAGUCGACAAACCAAUUCCAUGGGAAGCUUUGCCGGCUAAUUUGCACGACCGCGAUAAAUUCCAGUGGUGGAAAACCAAAAAGUGGGCUUAUCACUGCCUUAAUCGUUUAUUCAGCAAGUACGGUAAUCCAGCUCUACUUCCUCCCAGUGCGAACAAGUAUACCGGCUUUGCCAAGAACUUUGUCAACAACUUUGCCCCUAAUAUCUUGCGCACGUAUUUGAGACAAGUGGACGCUUGGGUAAAGAAAGAAAUCUGGAUUCCCAGCAAAUGUUUGGCUUUGAUUGCCGCUUUUUUCACAGACAGUAUCAAGCAUAAAAUUACGUGGCAAAUCCUGAAACCUCACGUGGAAUCCUUGGUCGCUCAUUUUAUCUACCCUCAACUGUGCUUUUCUGCCGAAGAUGAGGCGCUGUGGAACGAAGAUCCCGUAGAAUACGUUCACAAGAAAGGAGAUCCUUUGGAAGAUUUCCAUUCACCUCAACUGAGUGCGAGAAACAUGUUGAUGGAUCUUGUGCGCGAUCGUAAAAAGUUCACUUUUAUGGGAAUUCUGGGUUUCAUCAAUAACGUGCUGAACAAGUAUCACGAAACACCCGAAGAACAGAAAAAUGGAAGAGACAAAGAUGGUGCAUUAUGCAUGAUUGGCUGCCUGUCGUACCAGAUUUUGCAGAAGAAAUCUCCCGUAGCGGGCAUGAUGGAACCAUUUUUUGUCACUCACGUUUUCCCCGAGUUCAAAAGUCGAUUCAAUUUCUUGCGAGCCAGAGCAUGUGACAUUUCUCGCCACUUUAGCGACCUGGAUUUUUCGAGCGAACAGAAUCUUGCCACGUUGUACGAGAGUGUUCUUGGCUGCUUGCGUGAUCCGGAAUUACCUGUUAAAAUCCAGGCCGCUUUAGCCCUGCAGCCCAUGAUUCGCCAUGAAAGUGUUCGAGAAGCAAUGGUCCCUCAUUUACCAUUUAUCAUGCAGGAAUUGUUAAACCUGACCAAUGAAAUUGACGUGGAUACAUUGGCGAAUGUGAUGGAAGAAUUUGUCGAAGUGUUUGCCGAACAAUUAACUCCGUUUGCGGUGCAACUGUGCACCCAGCUGCGUGAUACCUUUUUACGAAUCAUGGAGGAUCUUGCUCAAGCGAAUCAUCAACAUUUUGACGAAGCGGGAUCUUUCAACGGAGAUGUGGAUGAGCUAAGCGAUAAAACCAUGGCGGCGAUGGGUGUAUUGAAGACCAUUGGUACCUUGAUCCUCAGUUUGGAAAGCACACCGGAAGUACUGCAACAACUGGAAAACGCGCUUUUGCCGGUGAUUACGUACACCUUGGAAAAUUCCAUCAUUGAUCUGUACGAUGAAAUAUUUGAAAUCAUUGAUUCAUGCACCUUCUCUGCCAAGCGUGUCACGCCCACCAUGUGGAGCGUGUUUCCAUUAAUUUAUCGGGCGUUCAAAACAUCUGGCAUCGAUUACAUUGAAGAAAUGCUUCCACCGCUGGAUAACUAUAUCUCGUACGGUCGAGACAUCUUUGUGGCGGAUCAGAAUAUUCAAACUAUGAUGUUUGAUAUUAUCGAUACCGUUAUGAAGAGUGAUAAUAUGUCCGAACACGAUCGUGUAUGCGCUUGCAAAUUGAUGGAAUCCAUGUUACUGAACUGCCGCGGUCAAAUUGAUAUGCACGUUUCCUCAUUCCUGAAUUUGGCGUUCCAGUACAUUUUUACCGGAUCAAUGAAGUCCGUUGAAUUUAAAGUGCACUGCCUUGAAGUGGUGAUCAAUUGCUUAUACUAUAAUCCCGUGUUAACGUUACGAUUGCUGGAAGAAAAUAGCUGGACUCAAGGAUUCUUUAAUCUAUGGUUCGGCACAUUGGACCGAUUCUCAAGAGUGCACGACAAAAAAUUGGUGAUUGUAGCCUUAUGCAGUCUUUUGGAGGUACCUGCGGAACAGAUGCCUGCGUCUUUGGUUUCCGGAUGGUCUCAUAUCCUUACGAGCAUUGUUCAAAUGUUUCAAACCCUUCCGAAAGCGGUGGAAAAUCGUGAAAAUCUGGAGAGAAUCUAUGGCGAUGGAUUUGAUGAAAGUGAUUUAGCCGAUGAGCUCAGCGGCUAUGAUGGCAGUAGUAUAGGAGACGACGAUACGGAGGACAAUGGGGACGAAGACGUUGAAGACGAGGACAAUGAGUAUCUGGAAUAUCUGGCACAGCAAGCCUCUAAUCAAUCAGGUGAUUCUGAUUUCGAUGAAGAGGAAGAGAUUGAAGAAGAGAUCCUGUUUGAAUCACCUUUGGAUGAGAUUAAUCCGUAUGUCCGAUUUGAGGAAGUUUUCCGCGGAUUGCAACAACACAGUCCAGAGUCUUAUGCGGUGUUGACCAAAGACCUGAACAAUGAACAACAAAAUUGUAUUAUGCUGGUGUUGUCAGAAGCAGAGCAACAGCGCCAGCAAUUGGCAACACUGUAA